AUGCCUGUCCCCGCUUUGGGCUUCCAGGCCCUCGUUCUGUGUGGACCUGGUGUCUCGCUCACGCUCGCUUCAAAGCCAGAAGAACUACCAAAGGCUCUCAUUAAUGUCGCCAAUCGACCCCUAGUAUUCUAUGUUUUGGAUUGGCUGAAGAGAUCUGGUGUCUCCGAUAUCACGUUGAUCACACCUCCCUCCGCCGCUCCUCCCCUCCAAGCUGCCCUCAAACAAAACCAAUACCUAACUUCCCUCCCCUCGCCAACCCCGACAGUCCUUGCGCCCAAGGACCUAGAAUUGGUUACCGGUACCGCCGAGCUGCUCCGUCUCCCCGAAGUUCAAAACUGCAUUAAAACCGACUUCCUCCUCCUUCCCUGCGAUCUGAUCUGCGAAAUCCCCGGCGAAGCCCUACUCGAAUCAUGGAUGGUAUCACAAAGUGCACUUGGUGGUUCUUCUACACGCGAAGGACGCUAUGCUGAUGGCCCUGUUUCUGGUCCGGGGGGUGAGCAAGGAGGUCGUCGUGGUGGGUUGGCUGUCUAUUAUCCAACACAGGGAAGAGAGGAGAGCGUCAAGGGCGAAGCCACUGAUUUUGUGGCCGUUUCGCCGCUUGGCACGGAUGAUGCGCCCGCUGUCAAUGGACCUCGAAUCCAGCUCGAUCAGCUCGUCAUGUCUAUGCCGAUGGAUACGGUGAAGGAGAAGAUGGAAAAUGACAAGGGCUUCCUGGUCCGUCAUUCACUUGUGGAGAAGCAUGCCCAGGUCAAGAUGCUUUCGACAUAUCGGGAUGCUCACCUGUACGUGUUCCCUUACUGGGUCAAGGAUCUUGCGCGCCAUCAAGAAAAGUUUCAGUCCGUCAGUGAGGAUCUGAUCGGCUACUGGGCCAAGGCUGAAUGGCAGCGAGGACUGGCGGAAAAGAUCGGAAUUAACAAAGUCCUGGCUCCCAAGGCCGAUGAUGCGGAGGAAAAUGGAAGCAACGACGGUGAAUCUCUGGAGGAAGAGAUUGAUCUCCAGGCCAUGAGCACCACCAAGAGUGGUUCAACCGUGACUCCCACUCUUGCUCAGGAUGAGCUUCCGUCGCCCACUUUCGCCUCGCGGGUGAAGGCCCCGUCUAAUAACAAAUCCGAAGAAGAGACCAAGAUCCCGCCAAUCCUCGCCUACGUGCAAAAGGGCUCCGCACCUUUUGUCCGUCGUGUUGACAGCUCCGCAAUCCUGCUGUCCACCUCUCUACGUCUUGCCAAGCUACCUUCCAUCGACGAGGUUGGCCGUCACGCCGCCUCCCCUCUCGCACAUAGCAAGAAGAUCGCCUACCCGGAGGGUGUACCUAAGCGUUGCACCGUGACGGAAUCCGACUGUCUGCUCGACAUCAACGUAACGAUUGAAGAGUUUGCCGUCAUUAAGGAGUGCUGCAUUGGCGAGGGUGCCAAGAUCUGCAAGGGCGCACGCUUGUCCAAAUGUGUGAUUCUGCCUUAUGCCGUUGUUGGUGAGAAGGCCGUUGUGACGGGCACUAUUGUGGGCCGACACGGCAAGAUCGGUCGAGAUAGUGUUCUCAAGGACUGCGAGGUUGAUAAUGGCUUCGUGGUUCCGGAUGAUACUGAUGCGAAGGCUGAGAAGUUCAUGCACUUUGGUGGCCUGGAUGGUGAGGAGGAUGGCAUGGACGUCUCUGGGGACUUUGAUGAUAACAGGUCCGACCUGGGCUUUUAG